AUGGCCCACAACCUUGAUCGCACUUGGAUGUGGCAUCCAUCCUUCCGUGAAGACAUCCCUGACACAUCUGGCCUGUUUGUUCACUUCAGGAGGAGAUUCAAGCUAGACUGCCAGCCACCAAGCAACCUGGUCAUCCAGAUCACGGCCGACACCAAGUACAAGCUCUAUGUGAAUAGCCAACAGGUUGCAUUCGGCCCUGUCAAGGGAGACGCCAAGCUAUGGUUCUACGAUAACGUUGAUAUUGGCCCAUACCUGCGACAGGGUGAAAACCACAUUGCGAUUCAUGUCCUGCGUCUGUUUAUCAACGAUGCGUAUGCCCCUUCUUUCCCACGGCUUCCGUCUGGCGGUCUCAGAGUCAAGGCUGAGACCGAGAACGAGCCUUUCGCUGCCCUCCUUGAGAGUAGCGAAAUGUGGGAGACUGCUAUCGAUCCAUAUAGCAUGCUCAGAGUGGACGAGCCUGAAGACUUUUUUCUUCACGUCUACGAACGAACCAGCGCCACUUCAGAGAACAGAUUGACUUGGUGCCUUGCUAAGCUGCUCGAGUUUGACAACCAAUUUGGGCACACAACCCCUUGGAAGUUAUCCCCUCGAAUGAUACCACAGUCUCGAAUUCAGCGUGUUGCUUUGAAACGAGUCCAUAAUGUCAAGAGUGAUAUAGCCCAGGAGGCCUGGCAGGCCAAACUCUGCAGCAACACCACGACGGCAGAUGAUCAGACAAGCCUUAAGCUACCACCGGGGAGCAAUCACUCAAUAGAGGUUGAAGCAGACGGCCAUCUCACUGCCUUUAUCCGCGCUAGAUUCCAACGGCCGCAGAGAAGAGGAGCCUCUCUUCAAGUUAUGUAUUCGGAGAGCUACGAAGAUGACCCCGGCGCGACACCCUGGGCGCGAAAGAAGGACGAUCGAUGCGACUAUACGAAGGGUCUAUAUGGCACCAAGGACAUUUACCAAUUCCGUGGACAAGUCAACUUCGAACCCCUGGGAUACCAUCUAAAUGAGUCAGAACGGGAGAUCUUUAUGCCAUUUCACUUCCGCACCUUUCGAUUCCUCAGGAUUGAGAUCAGUGCCGGGCCAGAUGGUUUGGCGUUCGAUGACCUCGAGGUCGACUCAGUCCACUACCCACUAGAAGUUACCGCCAGCUUCGAGGCUGACCAACAAGGGUCCGAGAACAACAAGCUCUGGCAGCAGCUCUGGUCGACGAGUAUUCGUACCCUGGCGAACUGUAUGCAUGAUUGCUACGAGGAUUGUCCAUUCUAUGAGCAACUUCAAUAUGCCAUGGAUACCCGAAGCUCUGCCCUUUUCACCUAUAACAUAUCUGGUGAUGAUCGACUAGCAAGACAAGCCCUUGUCCAGCUUCAUAACUCUUUCGACGCCAGCAUUGGACUGACAGCCAGUAGAUCUCCCUCAUAUCGUCCUCAAGUUAUCCCACACUUUAGCUUAUAUUGGAUCAUGGCUGUGAGCGAUCACUACCUUCAUCGGGGCGAUGCCAAGUUUACCGCUCGCUUCCUUCCAGUUAUUGAUGCCGUCUUAGCGUUUUUUGAGACACGUAUUGGUAGCAGCGGACUAGUCCACUCAGACCCAGAGCCUGGGGUCUGGUACUAUGUUGACUGGGCUCUCGAAUGGAUUCCCUAUGGCGUACCCCCAGCAUUCUCACGGACCGGCAUCUCGACAUACACCAACCAGAUUUAUGCCUAUGCUCUUCAAGUUUCUGCCGGUUUAUUCAGGGAUCUAGGAAGACCUGCAGUGGCCGAAGAGUUUCUGGCACGAUCUGAGAAGAUUGUGCGACGGGAAAGUAUCUCAAUGUCUUUUUACACCCUCCGAGCUCUGACCACCGCCGGCUCUACUGUCUAUAAUGAAGCGUUUCCUUCGUUCUGGACCGUGUGGAGAAAGCAGCUUAGUCAGAACUUAACGACAUGGGUCGAAGAUCAGGGUGGGCAGCGGUCGGAUUGUCACGCUUGGGGUAGCAUUCCCAUCUACGAAGCCACAGUAGAAGUUGCUGGAGUCUCUCCAGCUCUUCCUGGCUGGAAGGCAAUCAACUUUUCUCCCCGCAUCGAACUGUUCCCAAGUUUAGAGGCAACGGUUCCUCUGGAUAUGGUUGAUGGCAAGCUUAGAGGUCUGGUUCGUGUGACCUGGACAAAAGAUGAGAAUGCGGAAACGAAUCUACGGCUGUGUCUUGACAUAGCAACAGAUGAAACUAUACCAGUGUAUAUUCUCAUACCAGGUCAUGAACAAGUACUCCAAGGCACAAGUGGACAAUGGGACUUUGUUAUCAAGGCUGCUUGA